AAACUGGCCAAUCCCCGGUGUGCGCAGACGCAGUAGCUCAGGCAGCACCGGAAGCACAGGGAGAUUGGGUGUGAGGUCCAGCUUCUCUACAAGUUCGAGAGUGUCUCUAGUCACUUUCAGUAGUGGCGGCUGCCGCUUCAGGUAACGUACACGGACAGUUACAGUCGGAGCCGGGAAGCUGCCGCGCCAGUUGCCAAACAGGUCUUCGCCCCGCUGGUUGCAGUGUGCGCUUUCUUGGACAGCGUCGGCCAGCGAGCCGUCUAGACUCCCGCGUUUCCCGUCUGCUCUUCCCCUCCUCUGUUUGUCGGGAGCGGAAAAGGCGAAGGCCCGGGGACACACCAGAACCCUUCUUGUGCCCGUCGCAAGUGCCACUGCCGCCAUGGGCCUCACGAUCUCCUCGCUCUUCUCCCGCCUCUUCGGCAAGAAGCAAAUGCGCAUUUUGAUGGUUGGAUUGGAUGCUGCUGGCAAGACGACCAUUCUGUAUAAACUCAAGUUAGGGGAGAUAGUCACCACCAUUCCUACCAUUGGUUUUAAUGUGGAAACAGUAGAGUAUAAGAACAUUUGUUUCACAGUGUGGGAUGUUGGUGGUCAAGAUAAAAUCAGGCCCCUCUGGAGGCAUUACUUCCAGAAUACCCAGGGUCUUAUUUUUGUGGUAGAUAGCAAUGAUCGUGAAAGAAUUCAGGAAGCUGCAAUGGUACUGCAGAAUAUGCUUCAGGAAGAUGAGCUGCAGGAUGCAGUGCUGCUGCUUUUUGCAAACAAACAGGAUUUGCCAAAUGCUAUGGCCAUCAGUGAAAUGACAGAUAAAUUGGGUCUUCAGUCUCUUCGUAACAGAAUAUGGUAUGUUCAAGCCACUUGUGCUACACAAGGAACAGGUCUGUAUGAAGGACUGGACUGGCUGUCAAAUGAGCUUUCAAAACGUUAAAUGAAACUGGAUAUCUAACCACGGACACAUUUGAUAGAAUUGGUCUAGGCUCCUUACCACAGAAAUAGUUUGCAUUUUGGUUAUUAAACAGUAUCUGGGACUGGUUUGGGCAGAAUAUUACAGCCUUUACACCAUUUUGUGGCCAAUUAUUGUUUACCAAGUACAAUAUUGCCAUUUAGCAAUAUGCUUGGUUUCAAAGACGUUUUCCUUGGGGAAAAGUAUCUUCUCUCAAUUUUACUUCUUUUAAGCCUAAAUGCCUGGACAUAGAUAACUAUUGUGUCACCUUUAAAUCACUUUGAAUGUUUUUUGAGCCCACACAAAUAAUGUUUUAAAGUUAUCCCCUUGCUACUUUACUGAUUCCUUUAUCAUUCCUGGGACAGUCUGCUGAUUGAAAAAUGUAGCAUUCCAUUUGUAUUUAUUUCUAUCCCUUGCCAAAACGACCUUCUAAUACUGCUUGUACCAGCCAGGGACAUGCUCCAAAACACUAUUCGGCUCUCUUGUGCUGAGGAACCCAUCUCUUCCCCCGAUUAUCAACUCCUGGCUUCCAUCGUUCAAACUUACCUUCGUGUGGUUUGGAUUUGAUAGCUGAUUCUGUGCGGGUUGGAAGAGUUCAUAUUGAGGCGGCUUUUUACUACUCGGCAGAUUGUCUUCCUUUAUAUUAUCUUUUUUAUGUUGCAUGUUGCUUUUGGUAUCAGCCUGAUUCUUUGCCCAGUAUGUAAUGGUUCUGCUGAUGUUCUAUUGUUUACUGAUGAACAUAUCUUGAGUUUUUGGAAAACUUGUCAAACUCAAUAAUGUUUCUUUAUAACCCAUUUGGAAUUAUUCCUAAUAAAAUGAUAAAAUACA